AUGGAGGCCGCUGGUGCUGCUGAUGCUCACGUUGGUAACAUGCCGGUGCGGUCGUUUUUCCGGCACCGAGCGGCAAACUGUACAAAUAUAGACACAGCUCCCAUGAAGCGGAGACCCGAAAAACGCAUCAGAGCGCCUGCGCAUGUUCUUUCUGGCGUCCGACUCGCCGUUGUUACUCCAAAUGCUGCUGCCGUUAACUGUCAGCAGCAACGCAGCGCAUGGCGCCGCGGUUGCCAACUUGCGGUUGUCCAUCCGUCAACCGACAUGAGCAGUACCGUUACUCGGAUGGAGCAGCGUGAGUGUACAGCCAGGAGUGCACUCCACGCCGACGCGCGACGCGUCUGGUACCAACGAACCUGCGCUAAACGCGAAGCAUGGCAGUGGCGAGCGCUCUCCGCUACACGUGGCGAAGCGUGGUAUACGCGCGAGCGCUUGACGGCAGCGCGUCGGCCGCUCCACAACGGCCAGGGGAUGUUGCGUGCCCUAGAUACACACCCUGACGUUGCGCUCGUCGCUUGUUGUACGGCGGAGUCCGCGUUUCUCUGGAAUAUCCGUCAAGCAGCCAGCAUGGAACAUUGGCAUGUCAUGGGGUACUUGAUGCCGCCCUCAACCAGUAGUAGUGGUGGUAAUGGGAGUAGUGGAUCGGGCAAUGUCAGGCCCGGAUUACAGCGCCGAUUCGGCGACCAAGGCAUUCAGGGCAGUGCAUCCCCUGACCUCUGGGGCGGCAUUCAGUGGCAGUCGACGCGCUCCGAGGGAAAGCUCUUGGCCUGGACGAAUCGAGCUUUGGGCGUCUAUAGUCUGGAGCGCACCGAUUCCGGGAUUCACCCGUGGACUGCCCCUGAGCAGCCGUCGCCUAUAGCGCCUUUCUGGCAUUUUUCGUUGCCCGCCGCAAGCUCGAGUAGGAUCCAGGCGGCCGCCUGGUACACAGACGCUGCAGCGUUCUCGGAUCCGCACCCAACUCUCAUGCUGCUAUGUGGCUGUAACCGCGAUGGGCCUUUCGCAGGGAUCAUGGACCAAAGGGAGCGUCCUGACUGGCGUCGAUUUGCACGCUUCCUCAUUCGGGACAGGACACAUGGCCAUGCGUCGAUGCCAGUUGGCAUCUGGAGCAGCCACCAUCGGCUUGCGCCCACACUAGUUGGCGUUGUCUACACUGACGUUUUGCAGCUCCAUGACGCCCGCAUGCUCAGCACGAAUUCUCUUACGAGCAGUGCAGCCUCCGUCUUGGGGCAAAUCGGCGUCGGACUCGGGCCACAGGUAUGUCCAGGUUCCUCGAAAUCCCCAUGGAAUACCUCUGGACAAAAUCGCCAGGAAUCUGGCGGAUCCUUUGCCAAACAAUACCGAGGAGGUACGAGCGCUUCGACUGCGCAUCUAUGGGACGCAUACGAAACCGUCACAAAUACGACGAUGAUAGCGCGCUUCCCAACACCUUGUCGAUUUUCUUCUAUCCAACCGCUACCGGAAGACGCCCAACAUCCCGACUGUCUUUCGCUUGCGGUGACAACGCCGACUUUCCGGCGAUGCGCAAUUUUGGAUAUCGACCGUCAGGCCUUUGGGCAAAGCGUUGAACGAGGCGCGUCCACGUCAUGGAAUGGACCUUUGCGCCUUCGCUGGUGCUUUGAACCAGAAACGGAGGCAACGUGCGCUACGCGACCGUAUCGAGCGGCGGCGGAGGAUGGGCGGAUCCUGUCGUCUGCCGCACCUUUCGCCAGAUUCCCUAAUUCUAGCAACGCUUGCGAACAAGAAUACCGAAGAAAUCUAUUGAUUACGCUUGCUCGAAACAGCAGCUCAGUCGCAUCGGGGCUCGAAAGCAGCCCAUUGCAAGCGAGACUGGAGCAGCCUGCAAUACCUGGCGCACUGCCGCAGGCUACCUCAGCGCUACAUACAACGAGCGCACCCCUGAACUCGAUCCUCUCUCACGAGUACAGAUAUCCCGCCGCACAGUACCUGCAAUCAAUUGGGGAAGAGUCGGCAUCGCUGCGAUAUACCUCAUGGCGAUUCGGUAACAACAUUCGGCCCAGUAUACGAGCCGAUACGCAUCAUGGAACGGUGCUGCUUGCCUGCCCGCUUACUGAUCAGAAUGAUUGCGCGCACCUCUGCCUCUUCGAUCUAUCGAUUCCGGGCAGGGAUACAAAGUGUACCGCGCUGGACGACGCAAGCGUGCCCCUUUCCGCAUCGUGGAUAUUGGACGAGAUGCUUGGACUGCCCAGAGGUCGCGGUACAGUGUCGGGACUCGCACUCGGAUGCGGGAUGCCAACACCAGCGAUACUCCUGGGUUGCAUUGAAGCUAACCAGAGGACUCUGCCGCAUUUCUUCUUAGGAAGCAUCUGA